AUGUGCUCGGAUGAUGAUGCUCGGCAAACCCGAAGUUUCUCCUCCAAGGCCGCAAUCGAAAACAAGAAGAGGAGAACGGAUCGAUCAAUGAGUGCGCGUCCUGUGCCAGUGUCCGGCGAUGUCACGCCACCGAAGUCAAAGAAGCUCAAGAAGGGAUCGGCCUCGCGCCCUACGAAACAGAAGAAAGCGAAGAAGAAUAAAAUCCGCACAUACUGCAGGCGAAAGGCUGAGAUCGAAGAGCUGCUGGGCGAAAUAGCUCGCUUGAAGGAGCAGAAGGAGAAGUACACGAAGCGUGCUGAAGCACUAAAUGAGCGCCAAGAGCUGCUGCGUCGCGAGGAAACCAAUCAAGCGUUGCGCGAAGUGCUCCACAACCAGCGGUUAGCGUUUGCGAGCUCGUUAUCCAUGGUUUCUCAGAUUCUGGUGCGUUGUGUUUUUAACAAUUUGUCGCAAUAA